GCCAAAGUCAACAGAGUCCUUUCUGAAGGGAUGGGUCCUCAUCCCAAGGUCCCUUUGGGAUUACUCAAAUGUAAUUUACUGAUAAAAGUACAAAACACAAGGAAACAAUCCGCCGUGAGUGACAGGCAGCAGCAACAAUAAAUAGCAGAAUUCUUUUCUCUGAGGAUCUAAAAAUGCUGAAAUAAUAUAUAAUUAGUUGUGUUUACAAUGUGUGAAGACGUUGAAGCUAAAUCUGAAACAAUAAGCUGGGAAUCAAUGGCUGUCUAAAAUAAUCGAUCAGAUUUGAAAGAAGAGUCAAUUGGAAUCCCUGGAAAUGAAAACCACAAUCAACAUGAAAAACCCAGCAAGCAACUAGCAAAUUCCACACCGGAAGAGGAACUAGCACAAUGAAAGUCUUGAAAAGGGAGCAGGGAGCUGUGUGUUAGGGGAUCCCUAAAGGAAGUUCUCAGCCUGUAACCCCAGUACUCCGGAGUCUGGGGCAGGAGGACUGAACGAGUGUUUGAGGCCAGCUUGGAUUGCUCUCUCAGUCUCUUUCUUCUUUUAGAUUUAUGUUAUCUAUAUGAAUGUCUUUCCAACAUGUAUGUGUGUGCACCACAUGUGUGCCUAGCGCCUGCAGAAGUCAGAAGGGGGCAUCUUAUCCCUGGAAGUGGAGGUUUGGAUGGUUGUGAGCCGUCACGCAGGUGCUGGGAAUUGAACCGUGGUCCUCGGUGAGAGCAACAAGUGCUCUCCACUGCUGAGCCACCUCUCCAGGCCCUGUGAUAGUUUCUUUCCCUGUUACCAUGAUAAAAAUAACUCUGAUAAAAGCAAUUUCAGAAAGAAAGGGAUUAUUCUGGGUUCACAGUUCCUGGGGGAUGCUGUCCGUCAUCCUGGGGAAAGCGUGAUAGCAGGAAGCUAGCUGCUCACCUUCCAUCUACACUUAGGAAGCAAAGAAUGAACAGGAAGCAGAGCUGGACUAUUAAGCCUGAAGACCCACCCUUAGUGGCCCGCUUCCUUUAAGAAAACCCCAUCUUCUAAUGGUUCCACGACCUCCCUAAUCAGCACUACCAGCUGGGGACUGAGUGUUCACACAGGAGCCCGUAGGUGACAUUUCACAUUCAGACCACAAAAGCUGCAUAGUAAGACUCCCGUCUUAAAAGGCAAACAAGGGCAGGAAAGCUGGCUCAGCGGGUGGAGAUGCUUGCUGCCAAGCCUGAUGAUCUGAGUUCGAUUCCUGACUCCCACAGGUUGCCAGCUGACCUCCGCACGUGGUGGAUCGCGCUAUCAACUUGGAAAGGGUCUUCAUUAUUUAAAAAAAAAAAAAAAAAAACAGUGCAAAAAACUGCCACCAAUAAAUGAACGCAGAACCAAAGAGGGCUGGGAGAAGGGCAUCUUAUAGGCCAUGAAACACAGUGUGAAAGGGGCUGAGACUGGGAGGGAGGUAGCAGGAGAGGAGAGGGGACUUUCCUGGCAGGCUUGGCUUACCGUGACAGCGGCUGGGCCAAGAGGCCCACAGACAUGGAGGCAGGUGCUGCUGGUGUUUGGUGGUGGAGCCCCGUGAGAGGGGUGGGUCAAAGAUGCCUAUCAGACUUCUGGCUUGAGAAACUGGGUGGGGAUGUGUUACUCACUAAAUUGGCAAGGCUGAGCGGGAACAGGCUGAGGAGAAGGCGCAAGAGGCAAGCUUUGACUGCUUCUCAGUUUGCCUGGGAAGAUCUGCCGACAGGCCUUGGGUAGGUGUAGGAUUUGGCCUAAGCGGAGACUUCUUCUUUCUCUGGGGUGUGAAGAUCAGGAUUUUCUUCAGCAGUAUGGCAAGCGUCUAUAAGAACUUUCUUUCAAGUGCACACCUUUAAUUCCAGCACCAAGACAGGUGGAUCUCUGUGAGUUCUAGGACAUCCUGAUCUACGUAAAGGGUUCUAGGAUAGCCAGGGCUACAUAAGGAGACGCUGUCUCAAAGAACUAACAUCUUCGCUCAUUCAAACUGGGCUCCUGGAGAAGAGGCAUUUUCAUUUUUCAGAAGGGAAAGUUGAGACCCAGGAAAGUCCCAGCCUUGGACUUCAUUUGUUUGUUCAUUCAUUCACUCACUCACUCAUGAAUUUGUUAGGAGCCUACUCUGUACCAGACACUAGGGCUGGGGAUACAGAAGGGAUAGACGCAAGAUUCCUGCUUUUUAGAAGCUUGUAUUUUAGUGGAGGGAGACAGACAAUAAUUUAAACAUAUUGGUAGGAUGCUAAGAACUGUAGGGAACUUGAGGACCAGAAGAGGGCCAGGUAUGUAGGAGAUGUCAUCGGGAAGGUGACGAGUGUGGAAGGCUCUGGAAUGCUCAUACAGAACCAUUGCCCUCCAUGGCCCAUUGUGACAGUGUCAGUUCUAGAGUAUAGGCCUGAGGUCAGCAAGAACCUGGAGAAGAAAUACCCAGAGAGGGACGGAGUGGCAUCAGUGUUGGGCGGUGCCCCUCAGGGGGGCGGCAAAGCCCAAUGGGUCAGAAGGGCCAUAAGGGCUCCUUUUACAAUUGUGAAGGGUCUCCUGUGAGCAGCCUCCAUGAGGCCCUGGACCAGUGCAUGAUAGCCCUGGACCUCUUCCUCACCAACCAGUUCUCAGAAGCACUCAGCUACCUCAAACCCAGAACCAAGGAGAGCAUGUACCACUCGCUGACCUACGCCACCAUCCUGGAGAUGCAGGCCAUGAUGACCUUCGACCCCCAGGACAUCCUGCUUGCCGGCACCAUGAUGAAGGAAGCACAGUCCCUGUGUCAGAGGUACCGGAAGAAGUUGUCUAUGUCAGACUCUUUGAGCAACCUGGUACACCGUCCCACCCUGGACCAGUUCACGGAAGAGGAAAUCCAUGCAGAGGUCUGUUACGCAGAGUGCCUGCUGCAGAGAGCGGCCCUGACCUUCCUUCAGGAUGAGAACAUGGUGAGCUUCAUCAAGGGCGGCAUCAAAGUUCGAAACAGCUACCAGACAUACAAGGAACUGGAUAGCCUGGUCCAGUCCUCCCAGUACUGCAGAGGAGAGAGCCACAGGCACUUUGAAGGAGGAGUGAAGCUCGGUGUAGGCGCCUUCAACCUGACGCUGUCCAUGCUCCCCACUAGGAUCCUGAGGCUGCUCGAGUUUGUUGGGUUUUCAGGAAAUAAGGACUACGGGCUGCUGCAGCUGGAGGAGGGCGCGGCAGGGCACAGCUUCCGCGCAGUGCUGUGUGUCAUGCUGCUGCUGUGUUACCACACCUUCCUCACCUUCGUGCUCGGUACUGGGAAUGUCAACAUCGAGGAGGCAGAGAAGCUGCUGAAGCCCUACCUGAACCGAUACCCCAAGGGUGCCAUCUUCCUGUUCUUUGCUGGGCGGAUUGAAGCUAUCAAAGGAAAUAUUGACGCCGCCAUCCGGCGCUUCGAGGAGUGCUGUGAGGCCCAGCAGCGCUGGAAACAGUUCCACCACAUGUGCUACUGGGAGCUCAUGUGGUGCUUCACCUACAAGGGCCAGUGGAAGAUGGCCUACUUCUACGCUGACCUGCUGAGCAAGGAGAACUCCUGGUCCAAGGCCACCUACAUCUACAUGAAGGCUGCCUACCUCAGCAUGUUUGAGAAGGAAGACUACAAGCCAUUCGGCGAUGAUGAAGUGGAGUUAUUCAGGGCUGUGCCAGGCUUGAAGCUCAAAAUUGCUGGCAAGUCUCUACCCACAGAGAAGUUUGCCAUCCGCAAGUCCAGACGCUACCUCUCCCCCAACCCCAUCUCACUGCCAAUCCCUGCUCUGGAAAUGAUGUACAUCUGGAAUGGCUAUGCUGUGAUUGGGAAGCAGCCAAAACUCACAGAUGGGAUGCUUGAGGUCAUCACCAAGGCCGAAGAGAUGCUGGCAACUGGCCCAGAGAACGAGUACUCAGCUGAUGACGACUGCCUGGUCAAGCUGCUGAAAGGCCUGUGUCUGAAAUACCUGGGCCGGGUCCAGGAGGCAGAGGAGAACUUCAGGAGCAUCGCUGCCAAUGAGAAGAAGAUUAAAUAUGACCACUACUUGAUCCCAAAUGCCCUGCUGGAGUUGGCCCUGCUGUUCAUGGAGCAAGGCAGAAACGAAGAGGCCAUCAAACUCCUCGACUCUGCCAAGCAAAACUACAAGAACUACUCCAUGGAGUCGAGGACACACUUUCGAAUCCAGGCAGCCACACUCCAGGCCAGAUCUUCCCUGGACGGCAGCAGAUCCACAGUUUCAUCGGUGUCCUUGUAGCUUUUGGCAGCAGCACUCCUGGGCUCAAAGAGGAACACACAGCUAGCUGGACAGAGCUCCUGGAAACAUUUCAAAAGAUCCCCCUCCCUCUGCCUUCCUUGGGGUCCACCUGGUGCUCCUGUGGGAUGCACAAGAAGAUCUGUGCAGAAGCAGAGACAGCGUUUUUACCAGUGUGGCCAAGGCCUUUGCCAGGGGCAGAGCAGGCGGAGCCCUCUGCCAGUCCUAUCACACAUACGGGUACUUGUUUUACACUGUGAUGUUCAAGAGAAUGUAUGAAAGUUUACAUUUCUUUAGAAAUACAUUGAUGGGAUUAUAGUUGGCCUUUAAAAAAAAAAAAACCUAACCAAAAAAUAAUUGCUGUAAAUCUGUUUUCACCCAUUGUGGAAGUAAAUCUCUCUACAUGCUGCCAAGGCCAAACUGCUUUUGAAAUCUCAGCAAUGUCUUAGUUUUUGAGGGUAGAACAGGGGCGUUCCUAGUAUCUGAACUUCAAAGUUCUAUACACAAAAUUCCAGGACAGCCAGACUGUCUAAAAAAUAAACUAAAUUAAGUUGCUAGCAUUUAAAAA